AUGGAACAUUGGAAAAGUAGCUUUGAUGACGACGGCAUCCGAAGUCCCAGCCCGCACACAUACGCCACAGAUGAGAACCCUGAGCAAGUUGGGUUUUCUCAACUAUCUCCGGGUUAUGGUAUUCGUCACACCUAUCUACCGGCAGAACGAUCCUACUUGAACGUGGACAUUUCAGGCUCAGCAACAAGACUAUCCCAAAAACCAGGUCAAAACCUCACCCAAUCCCUUGCGAGACAACACAUUUCACCCGGGAACAUCGCCUUCUGUCCGCAGGUCGGGAGGUCUUUUUCGACCCUUUUCAUGGACGACUUGAAUGCAAGCUUCAACAGGCGAAAGCUCUCAACAACAAAGGAGAACAAAAGCAUUUCCUCCUCCACGCUUUUGGAAACUCCGAUGCUAUCCAACUCAUCAUCACGAAUGGACGCUCUGGUCCUUAAAUACACCCCUUCGGGUCGACUCACUCUCCCGGAUAGCGCCGUCUCGUUCAUCAUUCCCCUCGAUCUGCAACUUCAAGCCAUAUCAGCCCUAUUCGGAUUUCAAAACAAGAUAGCCCUAGCCCCACGUCCACCAAGCAUUCCCCCUCCUAUUUCAAUGGGCCCUGAUAAUACCUCUGACAUGACAACCGCAGAUGACCCAGAGGGCUUCGAAGGCCGAGCAAACCCUCACGUGCUUAAACUCCUGAAAACCAAAAGGGAAGAGUGCGAAGAGCUCAAAGCAGCUGCCAAAGAGGAUAAGCUCAUAAGAUGGUCCCUCGAAAAGCAGCUCGAUCAGAAAGCCCACGACUUGGCACUAGCGCUUCAGACCAGCGAGAGCCGAUAUGCAGACUGCAUGCGUCUGGACGGGCGUCUGCACGAUCUUUCCGGCUUGGAAGACAAACUAGAAUCAGCACAGUCAGAGAUCAAUAGCCUCAAGAGAUCAGUGGCGGAAUCAGAGAGAGAGGCUCAGUUCAGGGAAGAGGCGUUUGAGGCAGAGAAGCUCUCUUGGUCCGUAGAACGUGAACGUCUGCAGACCCGCAUCAGCACUCUUGCCGAUUCUCUCAAACACGCCCGGCGGAGCACUCUCACCGAAAGCAUCCCGACUCGUUCUCCCUCGCCUAGGACCGAAAUCACUUUCCCAUCACCUCCCCAAAUUCCUCCCGAAAUCAAGAAAGAGCUUUCCGAGCUUCGUGAGUUGGUCCCCGCGUACGUGGAGACUCUCGACAUGAUGGAGUUUACCAUCGAGAACUUGAACGUCGAACUAGAGGACUUGCAUCAAGCCUAUUCCGAUGUUGUCGAUAAAUCUUAUGCUCAGCAAGAGCUGAUUGAGCAACUCAACCAGCAAGCACUUGAGACAGAACACGCCGAACCUCACGGGAACCUAGCGGCUGAAAUCUCACACGUUUCUCCCAAGCGGCCGUCCACUUCAUCUGCUGAGGGUCAAACCAAGCUUCUCAAGUUGAGAAGACUGAACGACACAACGAAGAGUGGUGAAGUGGACGAUUUGCGACAAACAAAUCAAAAGCUGAACGAUUACCUGGAGCGCCUCCUGAACCGGAUCAUAGGUUUGGAAGCCUUUGAACACGUGCUGAACGUAGAUUUCGAAGCCAUCCGGAAUGGACAUUCGAGACAGCCCGUCGUGAUUCAGGCUCCCAGCAAGCGAGCACGCAGAACGGUUUCAUCAAGCUUGGCUGCCAGAGCGCUCGGUCAACUCAAAUCUGCCAAGUCCAAAUUCUUGGACAAGUUGAACAACUCUGCCUCUGCUGGUGUCCAGGUACUUGCCAAACCAUUUGCAAACAAGAAAGAUGACCACUUCACCAACUUCACCAUGUUGUUACCCCGCACAAGAUCGCAACUAGGCUCGGUCGAAUACCCGCCAACUUCUGGUGGCAAAAUUAACCGAGCCAAGUGA